AGAGACCUGUUCUGUUGAUUCUCGAUGGCCACUCGACUCUUACAAAAAACAUUGAUGUUAUCGAUGAAGCUCGCAAAAAUGGCGUUAUUUUGUUGUGCUUGCCACCACAUUGUUUGUUCGCACAGGCUUCAACCGCUUGAUAUUGCUUUUAUGAAACCACUUAGCAAAUUCUUAGAAGACGAAAUUCGCAAAUUUCUUUGCACGAAUUCAGGAAAAGUAGUGACAUUGGGUCAUAUUGCGUCGCUCUUCGGCGCAGCAUAUAUAAAAGCAGCAACCAUGUCGACUGCAGUCAAUGCUUUCAAAAAAUCUCGAAUUUUCCCGCCGGAUCCCAACGUUUUCAGCGAUGCCGACUUUAUGCCCUCGUUGACGACUGACAUCGAGCUUCCGUGCAGCGCGACGGGUGAAGUCACCCUGGCAAAUGCUUUAUCAGCGGCUCUCCCGUCGGCUACUCCAGCUGAGCUUUCUUUGGAGAUCGAUGCGAAUUCUGAACAGCAAUCCAGACGAUCGAGCAGUGUCUUUGAAGUAAUUACUCCAGAGAAGGUUUGUCCAUUCUACGAGUUGCUCGUGGAACUCAAAGAACGGGGCAAAACUGCCAUCUUAACAUCGUCGCCGUACAAGAACCAGCUUUUCGAAGAAAUUUUCCAGAAGCAAACAAAAGAAAAGAACAAAAAGGAGAAAGAGAAGAGGAAAAACGCUGUACCCCAGGAUGCAUCAGCUCCCAAGAAAAGUCGAGGUCGACCUCCAAUCCAGGGUCCAUCGGCUCUCAAGAAAAGUCGAGGUCAAUCUCCAACCCAGGGUCCAUUUGCUGCCAAGAGAGCUCGGGGUCGACCUUCGACUUAGAAUUCACAUUAGCUAAUGGCUGAGUAAAAUAAGUUUUUUUUAUUAUUUUUUUAUUGCGGGCUUUUGUGCCUCUGUAACGAGUUUAAUAUUUCAAAUAAAUUGACGUUUAUUGCUAAUAUAAGUCGGUCCCCGUUAUGCCCCACCCCUGAGGCAAAAUGGGGAGAAUGUAACUUUUUUGUAAAAUGGAUAUUUCACAUAGUUUCCGUUCACAAUUUGAAACGUUUUAAAUUUUUGUAAAUGUGUUACGAGUCACUGUAAACAUAAACGCAGUGUUUCCGAAAAAACUUAUGCAUUUUGAAUACUCAAAUUGGCAUUGAAUGUUACGAUCCCCGUUUUGCCCCGCCUUCCCCUAUAUUGCAAGCGAAAGCGUAUAUCUAAAUCAGAAUAUUUCUUUUUCAAGUAAGAUUAAAUUUUUUUAAAUUAUAAGUAUAGUAUAAUAUACAUAUUAUUACUUAGUAUUUAGUAUAUUAUAUUAUAAUUAAAAUUAUUUAAUAGUUUUUGUAUUAUAAAUCAAGGUUUCCAUUGGAUAAAUCAUUUUACGCAAAUGGCUUGAUAUCUAUCUAUAUAUAUAAUUCGCGGACAUCUGCAUGCAUGUCCGGGGAAUACUCCGUCAUUUGGUCCGAUCCUCAUGCGACAGGUCUCAAAAUUUUCCACUUUUAACGGUUUUUGCCGCUAUUUGCUUGGAUUUUCAAUAUCGCAAAAUCUAAAGGUUGUUUCAUAAAUGAUGAAACUACUCUUUUUUGAAAGAACUUGUAUAUGGAUAAUUUAAACCCAUAGCAGCCUUCCCCGUUAAAUUUUGAGACCUGUGAGACCGCGAAGCACGGGCGAAAAAGCUAGUAUUGAAAUAAGAAAUUGGACUCCAAACAAUAGCAAUCAUUUAUGAGAUUAUCAGAACAUUUUGAACAAACUUGUUUUAACAAGAGAGGAAAGUAUUUGAUAUUAAAAGAUAGAAGCGUUCCAACAAUAUUUAAGGUUGAAUGUUUCAACAAUGUAAAAUUAGGUAAAAUAUUUUUUUAACUUCCUCUUUAGUUGUUAAAAUAAAAACUUAACAAAGUUAUUUUUUCUUUAGCAUUAACAUCAAUAGAAAAUGAAAAUAAAAAUAAAAAUGAAAAUAAAAAUGAAAAUGUUUCUUCUCGUCAAAAAGAAUUUAGUCAAAAGAUACAAUUGUAUGAUAAUAUUAAGUUCGACACUCCACAGCAGCAACAGACUUUUUGUAAUGCAUUGAGAAAUCAGAUCCAAAUACACUCAAUCAAAAUAUUAGUGAUAUUUCUAUAAUCGAAAAUAUGUCUAUUUCUGAAGAAUCGUUCGCCAGUGAUAAAACUGAUGGUAUAUAAUAAAAAAUAAAAUAUAUGUAUAAUAAUUAGUAUAUGUAAUAUAGGUAUAUGUUAAAUAUAAUAAUUUUUUUUAUGUUUUAUAGAUGAAAAUGUACACAAAUCGAUACCUGAUAAUAUUAUAAUAUAACUGUAGUAAAUCAAGAUCAUCGUUAUGAUCCUUCUCCAUCAACACUGCAUAAGAAAUUAAUAAAAAUUCAAGAAGUAUUAAAGAAUAAGAAUAUAAUUAAACGUCAAAACCGACAGCUUCAACGUUUUCAAACACGACUAAAGGAUUUAAAAGAAAUAAUAACGGAAUUACGAUGUGAGCGUAUGAUAUCAGAAAAUUGUUUGAUUCAAUAUCAGAUCAGGCUGCAAAACAAUUUGUACAGCGUACUAUACAAAAUGGCAAGUCAUUGAGCAAAUGCCAAUACCCAUCAGCUUUGCGAAGUUUUGCGUUAACUCUACAUUUUUAUUCACCUCGUGCAUAUAACUUUGUGCGUGAAAAAAUGAAAUGGUUUUGUCUGCGCCAAGUGUAUUGAGCUCAUGGUACAAUUCCAUCGAUGGAGAGCCAGGAUUUACUUCGGAAAGUUUUAAUAUGUUAAAAUAUAAAGUUAAAAAGGCAAACAUAGAGAAUAGACAAGUUAUUGUUUUAUUUAUUACAGAUGAAAUGAGAAUUAAAAAAGGAAGGGGUAGAGAUGGUAAAGUAUGUGGACAUGUAGAUUUUGGAGCUGAGUUUUAAACAAAUGAUAAUUUACGAGAAGCCAAACAUGCUUUAAUUUUAAUGGUUGUAGCUCUUGAUGAUAAUUAAAAGUUGCCUAUUGGUUAUUUCUUAAUCGAUGAAAUUGAUUCUAAAUCAUUAUCAGGUUUAAUAACUAGUUUAAUUAAAUUGCACGAUAUUGGAAUGAAAGUUGUAUCUUUAACUUUGGAUGGUAUUAGUCAGCAUUUGUCUAUGGUACAAAUACUAGGUGCUAAGUUUGACACUAAUAAUUUAAACAUUAAUUCUAUAGAGCCUUAUUUUCUCCAUCCUAUCACUCAAGAACAUGUUUACGUUAUAUUUGAUGCUUGUUAUAUGCUCAAAUUAAUUCGGAAUGUACUUGGUGAUUGGAAAAUACUUUUUGAUAAUGAUGAUAAUAAAAUUGAGUGGAAAUAUAUUGUUCAUUUAUCGUACUUGCAAGAAACUGAAGGAUUACGCGGAGGAAAUAAAUUACAACUAAAUCACAUAAGAUAUUUUAAAAUGAAAAUGAAAGUUAAUUUGGCUACUCAAACGUUGAAUCAUAGUGUUGCUGAUACUUCAGAAUUUUGUAUGAAUAAUUUAAAGUUACCAGAUUUUCAAGGCUGUAAAGCGACGAUUUAAGUCAUUCGUUUCAUAGAUAUUUUAUUUGAUUCUUUAAGUUUGCGCAAUUCUUAUGGGCAAAGAUAUAAGGCUCCUUUAAGGCGAGAAACUGAACAUAUAUGGCGACCACGAAAAAAUACAACAAAUCUUAAUUUAUAUUUCAACAUUGAAAAUUGAUAAUGGAACACCAUUAUUUCAAACGCGACAUAAGAUGGGAUUUUUAGGAUUUUACUCAACUGCUCGGGCUGUUCUUAAAAUUUUUGAUAAUUAUGUUAAACCUGAUAAUUCUCCGUUUCGAUAUUUAUUAACAUACAAACUCAGGGUCAUUUAGAGUUAAUUUUUUGCGCUAUUAGAACUCGUGGAGGAUGAUGUCCAAAUCCACAUUCUACGCAAUUUUCAUCUGCGUAUAAAAAAUUAUUAAUACAUCAUGAAAUUGUAAGUAGCAAUGGUAAUGCAGAAAUGCAAGAUAACACAAAAAUUCUAACAGUAAGCUCAAAUGCUCAACGACUAGCACUGUUCGCGCGUGCGUAGGGUAAACGCGAUCGCACGUAGGGAAAUGCCGGGAUCCGCCCCGAUAGAGACGCGAAGUGAGUGGUCAGGAAUGCGGGAGGUUUACGGGAGGUGAUAGGAAUAAAGAGGAGGCGUUGGUGUCAUUCACACUGAAUUAUUUAUUCAAAACCGAACGCUCGAAGCGAGGGGCGAACCGUAUCUUUUACAAUGUGUCGGAUAUCUUGAUACGUCCUGAUAUUGCGCUGCUUAAUCGACGCGGAAAUCUUGCAGAGCCACGAGAUCGAGGCCCUCGCGAAUCCGGAGAUCUUGCGCGCGAUCCGACGGAGAUCUUGUACGCGAGGCAGAGGACGUUCGCGGGAAAGAUACGGUCAUCUGCGCACGGACGUAACACUCACAACAUUCACGCGGUUAUCAAAAUUAAGAAAUGCUUGGCAGGAUCGGAUGAAUUAAUAACUCAAUCGCACUAUCACGGCGCGAAUGAUAGGGAAAGGCGGAAGUGAAUCCCCGCAGCUAGGAUCGGCGGAAGACGGGAGAGAUCUGCUGGACGAUCUGAUUUAGGUGCCGGGCUGCGAGAGACUGACGAAUUAUGCAUCGUAAAACAAUUACGAUCGGAGGCGAGAAAAGGGGCGGUAGGGAACCGAUAUCGAGACUUAUUUGGGCAUGGAUUCGGACGUGCCCUUUUUUGGGUAUGUUUAUUUGCAUAGUUACCGAGAUGCAUAGUUACCGGUGAUGAGAGCAAACGAAAAUCGCGCGCGUGAGGAGCUAGUGACAGCGCCGCGCGACUCGGUGCAUCGAAGAAAUGAACUACCAGGAGCUCGAUGGCUGUCAGGAGCUCUCACUACUCGCGGAUAAAACAGAACC